AUGUCAAGACAAUCAAGGCACUCAAGUGAUAUAAUCGAGAAUAAUGAUGCUGAAGUUGAUACAACAUUUGAAGUCUUUGAAGUCGUAAACACCGAUAAUUCCAAAAAAAUGGAUGAAAAAAAUAAACCAACUAAAACUAUGAGCAUUGAAGAAAGAGAAUUAUUAUGGAAAAUCGAUAUAAGAGUUAUUCCAUUAUUUACACUUCUUUAUACUUUUAGUUUUAUGGAUAAAGUUAAUAUUGGAAAUGCAAAAUUGGAAGAUUUGGAAGAAGAUCUUCAUUUGACUGAAAAUCAAUAUAAUAUAAUUUUAAGCUCAUUCUUCGUUGGUAUCAUAGUGAUGUCUACAGCGGCAGUAAAAAAUUUUCCUCAAAUAAUGAUAUUAAGAUUUUUAUUGGGUGUAUUUGAAGCUGGAUUUUUUCCAGGCGCCGUAUUAUACAUUACAAGAUGGUAUAAGAAUUGUGAAGAAAAUUUUCGAAUUAGCUUAUUUGUCUCAAUUGCUACAAUUGCCGGCGGGUUUAGUGGUCUUUUGUCAUUUUUCAUCGCAAAUAUAUUACAUGAAGUAAAUGGUUUAAGUGGCUGGCAAUGGGCAUUUAUUAUUGACGGUGUGGUGACAUGCGUUGUUGCAUUGUUCUCUUACUAUUUAAUCCCAGACAGUGCAGAAACGGCCUAUUGGCUUACAAAAGAAGAACGAAAAUUAGCUGUUGAACGUUUAAAUCAUAACUCAUCACAUCAUCAUGAAUCUUUUUAUACUGAAAGCCAUCAGAUCAUAGAAGCUUUUAAAGAUUGGAAAAUCUAUAUGGCCAUGUUGUUAUAUUUUUGUUUACUUGCUCCUUUAUAUUCUUUUUCUUUUUUCAUUUCAUCAAUUGUAAACGGUUUAGGAUUUAGUAGUGUGGUUAUAGCCAUAUCAUCUGAUCGAGCUGGAGUUCGCGGUCCAUAUUUAUUGUGUUGUUUGUUAGUAGCAAUAUUAGGUUACGCAUUUCUCCUUACGCAUGAUACUAGUAUGACUGUCAAAUAUAUUGGUGCUUGUAUUAUUGGAGUAGGUUUAUUUCCAUGUAUACCUACAUCAAUCACAUGGUUAAUUAAUAAUUUGGCUGGUGAAACUAAAUGUGCCAUAGGAGACGCUUUGAUGAUAGCCGCUGGUAACAUAGGUGCAGGAAUAAGCACUCAAUUUUAUAAAGAAAAAGAUGCUCCAUCUUAUAAAUUCGGUCAUAGUAUUUCAUUAGCACUUUUAGUUAAAAAAUAUACUAUAGAUAUAGAUGAUGAAGAAACUAUGAAGUUUGGAGAAAGGCAUCCUUCAUUUAUGUAUAGUUUGUAA